AUGAUCAUGCUUAUGCUUCUGAAUCCUGGACCUAGUCCCUUGUUUGCGCAACUUGUUACACCAAACAUCCCUGCCAGUUCCUCUGAGAAGGAAAAUUUGGGCGAUAUCAAGGAGCUUCUUCCUGAUGGGCGUGUCCACUGCACCAUCAUGGUCCUUGGCCUAUGGGAGGGUCUUCAUGCUGAUGUGUUCGUUCUUGUUGUGGAAUCAUUAACCAGAUGGAGUGCGAGAUGUGUCAGUAUCUGGAGCAAGGACAUGGUCAAGAAGGAUUUCAUAGGUCGAGGACCUUACCCAACUUAUAUCCUUCCCUCCUCGUCCAGGACAACCCCUCCACCUACCACAAAUCCCUUCCUGCCUCCUCCAGCCGCUUUGGCACCUAAUAUUGCUACUUACUUGAUGUGCAUGGCCCGGCUUCAGGCCAUGGGCCAGGCCAAGCCGGGCCUGAAUAGGCCAAGCCGAGCUGAGCCAAAGUCAUGGCCUGGUGACAGCUUUGGCCUAGCCUGGGAAUAUGAAAGGCCAAAGCCGCUGGCUCAGGCCUCGGCUUAUACUUUUCGAUCACUUACAUUGUGUGCAUGUUCAUGUGGUAAGAAUCACAUGUUGGCAGAUAGCACACUCAUCAUUUUCAGUAAUAUGCCCUCCUUUGCAAGUUUCUUGCAACUUCAAAUCGCAAGCUUGGCGACAACCAUCACAUACGUUUUCAGACAAAAGGCAUGCAUUUGUGACGACAGCGAUGACAAAUGUUGUGCACACCGGCCGGUCCGCCAAACCAAGCCUACCGCCACCCUUCUCCAACAUUCUGAGAAGGCGGCUCUCCCAUCACAAACCAAGGCUAUCAAUGCCUUUCAUGCAGCAGAGGCUGCGAAGUUGCCUGAUUCUCGACAUGCUUCCAACGCUGGUGCUGAUCAAACCACCCCCAGCAUAUCCCUGAAUUCACCUCCAGGUGACACUGCACCAUCAGGUUCAAGCUUGGCUGCACUCGAAAAGGGUAAGAGGACUCGCGUUCAAGAAAUUCUUGACAAUGAGUCUGGUGCCGACAAUGAUGGUAUUCCGAUCAAUGUCAAUGUCCAACCUAUUGCAGACACAGCUCCAACACACGAAAGCAAAACUGCCGAUCUCAAUGAACUAAUGGCAAGGUUCAAAAGCAUUGAAAGUGCAAGAUAUGUUUUGCUCGGGCUGCAGCUCAGGCCGAGCCAGGCCAAAGCCAAGCCGUCAUUGACGGCUUUGGCCUGGCCCGCAGUUUUUGAAAGCCAAGGCCGUCUGAAGCCAGGCCGAAGCCGCGGCUUUCAGGCCAAGCCGGGCCGUGUGUUUCAAUGGAUUGUCAAUGUGAUUAUAUCACCUUUGCGACACCACACCGCCCGUUCCACUCACCAUCAUCCAUCACUAUGGCUGCUGUAUUACACUGGUCCUACAAUACCUACCCACCCUUCGCCAUUUCAGAAUACCCAGAGUGUUUCUCAUUUGCGAAUGGGCUAUCAUCCUGAACCAUCGGCACCACCUAAUAAGCCUCAGUCCACUCAACCCAUGACAAGACAUUCUGACCCAUUCUAUGGUCAUGAGCAGGUUUCCCAGUUAUUUGACCGCUUCAUUAUGCAUCUGUUUGCUUGUCCAGAGUACCCCCCUUCAUCUUCCGUAACCUUCACUGCCCUCGUCCUCCUUCAGCAACUCAAACCCCACAAACCCUCCACCUACCACAAAUCCCUUCCCGCCUCCUCCAGCCACUUUGGCCCCCACACCUUCGCCUUCAUAUGGCCAUCACCCCCAACACCACCGGGUAUGGAGGAUUGUAUACCAAAACACGAGCCUGUGCCAGUACCACCACCAUCGAAGCACAAUUUGCAGGUCUUGCCGACAAUGCUAUUACUCAACACCUUUGCCAUGAAUCAGCUCCUCUGA